GCCUCAUCUGGCGCGCGUCCACGAUCAGCGUGCCCUGUAGCGCGAUCUUCACCCGUCGCGGACUUGUGGAGAUGGCAUCCGAAAAUGAUUGGGCGCAGAUCCGCCAUAUGACUCGAACGCAGCCGAUGCGAUGACCGCGUGGAGCUAUCUAGAGUUGCUUGUGGGCUGGGCGAAUCUUAUAUUUACUUAUACCGUAUGUGCUGGGCACGCUGCAGUGCUACUCGGAUGCUCAGCCCCGCGGGCUGAGCUGGCUGCAGAUCUUUUCUUGUUGUUGUCCGUGAGGACCUUACUGUAUCGCCCAGAUGACGUCGAGAUACCCAAUUCGCAUGCGAUCAUACCUUGCACACCAGUCUAGAAUGCGUUUGCGUGGAGCUGACUGAAGCAUGCCCCCACGAUCUUCCUCCCG